UAGUUCUCCACCUCUAAUUACUAUAUUGUUUUUUUCAGAUGCGGGAAGUUCCUGGACUCCAUACCAAUUGAAAAACUAAAAGGUGACUCCAUUUCUUCAGAAAAUUAUGAGUUCAGAUAGAGAUCCCGACUAUUCUAUUCGACGAAUAUUGCGACAAAGACAAAAAAAAAAAAGCGAUUCAAAUGAGAAUGGUAUAAUUGAUUUAGAUAAGAAUAAACGCAAAACGAAGAAGAAAGGAUCCUUGUACACCAAAAAUAACGCAUACGAUGAAUAUGGAAAUAUUCGUUUCAACGGAGUGGACAUCUGCGACUGUAUGAAUGAAGAAUGUGAUGGCUGCUGGUACGUAUGCCGUUGUUGUGGCUCUACAAAAUGUGGUCCUCAAUGUCGCUCAAAUCGAAAGUUUUUCUAUGAAGGCAUAAUAUAUGAUGGAAAGGAUUUAUCUUUAACUAAUAAAUUUGUUACCAAAUAACGUUAGGGUAGCAUUGAAUUUCUGUUAUA